AUGCACUUCAGCAAUGACGAGGGGUCACCAAGCGCAACCACUGCCAGCAGCAGUGGCGGCGGUAGCAGUGGCAGCGGCGGUGGCGGCGGCGGCAGCGGCAGUGCCAGCGGCAGCGGCAGCGGCAGCGGCAGCGGCGGCAGCAGCAGCGGCAGCAGGAGCGACACCAGCACGCCCGCAGGUGCGAGCGGCUCGGCGUCUCCAGACUUGGACUUGGCGUAUGGUGAGGAGGUCGAGUGGCUGCCGCCGCCGCAGACGCCCCAGGAGUUUCUGGACGCCGCGUCAGCCGUCGUGGGCGCGUCGGGGGCGGCGGAGGCGGCAGCGCUGGCAGCGGCCAAGGCGGAUGUGUGGGUGGGGACGCGGGGGUUCAUCGACCUGCUGGAGUGGGUGCAUCUGGACAUGGCUAUGCCUUGGUGA